UCUCGUAUACUAUAAAAACAAAGAACCUCAAAAGACAGAAACACACAAAAACCCCUCGUGUGUAGGUGUUUAACACUGGUUCUACUUCCUCCUCUCUUCUCUGACUGAUUUACAGAACGGAAUCAACCGUAAACUGGUACAAUCCGGAGGACUGUAACGAUGGGAUCAAUUAUUCUGUCAGAUCUGUUAACGCAGAUAUUGAUUCCAGUGUGCGCCGUUGUUGGUAUCUUGUUUUCUCUGUUUCAAUGGUAUAUAGUAUCUAGAGUGAAAGUUUCUCCACAAAAAAUUUCUGAUAUUAAUAAUAAGAAGAAUAAUGGGUUUGACGAUUCCUUGAUUGAAGAGGAAGAAGGGAUUAAUGAUCAUAAUACUGUACUUAAAUGUGCUGAGAUUCAGAAUGCUAUCUCUGAAGGAGCAACUUCCUUCCUAUUCACUGAAUACCAGUAUGUUGGAGUUUUCAUGGUUGCAUUUGCAAUUCUUAUUUUCCUCUUCCUUGGGUCCGUGGAGGGGUUCAGUACAAAGUUGCAGCCCUGCACAUAUAAUGUAGAUAAGAUGUGCAAGUCUGCUCUUGCCAAUGCUACCUUCAGCACCAUAUCAUUUGUGCUUGGUGCUGUCACCUCAGUGAUCUCUGGUUUUCUAGGAAUGAAAAUUGCGACAUAUGCCAAUGCCAGAACAACCUUGGAGGCGAGGAAAGGUGUUGGAAAGGCUUUCAUUGUUGCAUUUAGGUCUGGUGCGGUUAUGGGUUUUCUCCUUGCUGCUAAUGGCCUUUUGGUUCUUUACCUUACCAUCAAUGUGUUCAAGAUCUACUACGGUGAUGACUGGGAAGGACUAUUUGAGGCAAUCACUGGUUAUGGUUUAGGUGGAUCAUCUAUGGCCCUCUUCGGCAGAGUUGGUGGUGGUAUCUAUACAAAAGCUGCUGAUGUUGGUGCUGAUCUUGUAGGCAAGGUCGAAAGGAACAUCCCCGAGGAUGACCCGAGGAACCCAGCGGUUAUUGCUGAUAAUGUUGGUGACAAUGUUGGGGAUAUUGCUGGAAUGGGUUCUGAUCUUUUUGGUUCUUAUGCCGAGUCCUCUUGUGCUGCACUUGUUGUUGCAUCCAUUUCCUCUUUCGGCAUCAACCAUGAAUUCACUGCAAUGUGCUAUCCCUUGCUUAUUAGUUCCGUUGGUAUCCUUGUCUGUUUGCUCACCACCCUCUUUGCGACCGAUUUCUUUGAAAUCAAGCUUGUCACUCAAAUCGAGCCGGCACUAAAGAACCAGCUUAUCAUCUCCACUGCUCUGAUGACAUUGGGAAUUGCUCUUGUUAGUUGGGUUGCCCUCCCAUCAUCAUUCACAAUCUUCAAUUUUGGUACUCAGAAAGUUGUGAAAAACUGGGAACUGUUUUUCUGUGUUGCUAUUGGCCUUUGGGCUGGGUUGGUCAUUGGGUUUAUUACAGAAUACUACACCAGCAAUGCAUACAGUCCUGUGCAAGAUGUCGCUGAUUCCUGCCGAACUGGAGCUGCUACUAAUGUUAUCUUUGGCCUUGCCUUGGGAUACAAAUCUGUUAUCAUUCCGAUCUUUGCUAUUGCCAUCAGUAUCUUUGUCAGUUUUAGCCUAGCUGCCAUGUAUGGAAUUGCUGUAGCUGCUCUUGGAAUGCUCAGCACUAUUGCUACUGGAUUGGCCAUUGAUGCAUAUGGUCCCAUCAGUGACAAUGCUGGAGGUAUUGCUGAGAUGGCUGGCAUGAGCCACAGGAUCCGGGAGAGGACUGAUGCUCUAGAUGCUGCUGGAAACACCACUGCUGCUAUUGGAAAGGGUUUUGCCAUUGGAUCAGCUGCUCUUGUAUCCCUGGCACUCUUUGGUGCCUUUGUGAGCCGUGCAGCUAUUUUAAGUGUGGAUGUUCUUACACCAAAAGUUUUUAUUGGUUUGCUUGUUGGAGCAAUGCUUCCAUACUGGUUCUCAGCUAUGACCAUGAAGAGUGUAGGAAGUGCAGCUCUUACGAUGGUGGAAGAAGUUCGCAGGCAAUUCAACACCAUUCCUGGUCUUAUGGAAGGUACUGCAAAGCCUGACUAUGCCAACUGUGUCAAGAUCUCGACAGAUGCAUCCAUCAAAGAAAUGAUCCCACCUGGUGCCUUGGUCAUGCUCACUCCCCUCAUUGUUGGAACCUUUUUUGGGGUUGAGACCCUCUCUGGUGUCCUUGCUGGUUCCCUUGUUUCUGGUGUACAGAUUGCAAUUUCUGCCUCCAACACCGGAGGUGCUUGGGAUAAUGCCAAGAAGUAUAUUGAGGCUGGUGUAUCUGACCAUGCAAAAUCUCUUGGCCCCAAAGGGUCAGACCCCCACAAGGCAGCUGUUAUUGGUGACACCAUUGGAGAUCCCUUGAAGGACACAUCAGGUCCAUCACUAAAUAUUCUAAUCAAGCUCAUGGCGGUGGAGUCUCUUGUAUUUGCUCCUUUCUUUGCGAAACAUGGUGGUCUUAUCUUCAAACUCUUUUAAGUUUGGGGAUGAGAAACUCCAGGAGAUGUGAUGAUGAUGAUAAUGUCUAUUUUAUAUUUUGUCUAAUCAGAUCUGUACUAGUUUAGUGUUUAGUUAGUAGGUUAGUUCUGCAGCUUGAGUUUAUACCUUAUAUGUCUUUUUGUCAGAGUUGGUAAUUAUUUAGCUUAGCUUCAACUUUUCUUUUUGCUGUUUUAGUGAGGUCAAACUUAUGCCGGGAAAGGUUGAAUACGUCUUCCCAUUUUAAGAUUUUUUUUUUCUUUUUUU